AUGGACACCGGGAGUAACCUCGUCUGGGUCCACUGCUGCUUCAGCUGCCCCUAUGGCUUCAAUCCCGACCGCUCCAUCACCUACGCCAAGAACCUCAGCAUCUCCUCCAAAUGCUUCAGCUUCACCCCCGGCACCUUCCAGGAGGGUCUCGACUGCCGAUUUUCCACUGUGUACGAGGACGGGAUGUGGAGCUCCGGCGUCAUCGCCCGCGAUACCUUUACCCUCGCCACGUCGGAUAGCGGGCUCCGCAAGGUCCUCGACGUCAUGUUCAGGUGCGCGGCCGACAUAGGCGGCAGGACCAGCGCCCUGGGUGGGGUCCUCGGGAUGGUGGCCCAGAGCCCAUACCACCUGGCGGCCCGGCUGUGGAACAGGUUCUCAUACUGUAUCGGUGAUCUGCGGAACCAUGGGUACGCGCACAACCAGCUAGUGUUCGGGGCAGUGAUCCAGGGAGACUCGACCCCCAUGCUACUCGGUCACACUGGAGGGGAUAAGCGUCGGGGGAGAGCCGCUGAGCAUCAAGGGGGACGAGUUCGAGUUCAACGUGGUGGACUCAGGGAGCACAUCGGUGAGGAAUGGGAUGAUAGUCUACAGUCGAAAGAGCAAAUUGAGGCGAGCUUGCUGCAUAAAUUUGAAGCUGCAAUGAGGCGUGAACGGGCUUUAGCUUAUUCAUACACUCAUCAGCAAACAUGGAAAAAAUCAUCCAAGCCGACCAACUUGCUCUUCAUGGACCCAACCAAUCCUCACUGGGGCUGGAGCUGGUUAGAACGCUGGAUGCCAGCUGUCACCGGGCCAUUGGAUAAUUAUUCCCAAAUUGCCCUCGAUAAAGAAAACAAUAUCAAAACCCCUUCCGGACUUGGUGACAUAACUAAGUCUUUUGCCCGUCAUCAGCUCUCGAAUUCCGAGCCAAAUCCACCUUCACCGACCAGCCUAAAAAAACCUCCGCUUACCCCAAAAUCAUCAGCCUCUGUAACUUCCAAGAAAAUCAAGCUCCCGAGCCCGAAAGGGAGCUCAAUUUGUCAAGAUGAUGAAUCGAGAAGUACUGUUAGCCUUAAUUCGGGAAGGAAUAAUAGGAGGCAUACAAUUGGUGGGGGCUCGUCUAUUAGAGACGAUGAGAGUUUGACGAGUUCACAAACCUUGCCGAGCUACAUGGUGCCAACUCAGUCGGCUAGGGCUAAGCUGAGGCUUUCGAGUCCAUUGGGAAUGGAGAAUGUUUGUGUUUUGUUUGUUGCCAUUGUGAGGAGGGCUUUGGUUUGUGGUUUUGGUUGA